AUGACCGGCCCGCGCUCGCCGGGGCGGCUCCUGACCCGGCUGCUGGGCGCGCGCUGCGGCCCGCGGCUCCCUAAGCUGUGCGGCGGCCGGCGGCCCGGGGCGCGCAGGACCCUGCUGCUGGGCACGGCCUGCGCCAUCUACCUGGGCUUCCUGGUGAGCCAGGUGGGGCGCGCGGCCCCGCGGCCCCGGGACGCGGCGGGGAGGGCGCAGCCCCGGGGCGGCCGCGCGGCCGGAGCGCCCUUGGCCGAGGGCCCCUGGGCCGGCACCGUCGGCGCCCCCGAGCCCCGGGGCGCGGGCUCCGCGCUGCCGCUCAACGUGGUGUACAUCACCCUGCGCUCCCGGCGCAGCAAGCCCGCGCACAUCCGCGGCACCGUGAGGCCCAAGCGCAGGAAGAAGCCCGCGCUGGCGUCGCCGCGCCCCGGCCCGGGCCGCCACGUCUCGGCCGCCCCGUCCCCCGGGCCCCGGCGCUCGGCCGCCCACGCGCCCCCCGGGGCUCGCACGCGGGGCUCGGGGGCGCCCGCCGGGGGCCGGGAGAGCGGCAUCCGGAUCUACAGCGAGAGCGCCCCCUCGUGGCUGAGCAGAGACGACAUCCUGAGGAUGCGCGCGCUGGCGGACGGCGCGCUGGCCCCGGCCCCGGGGGGCCGCGCGCACCUGCUGCUGCUGGGGGCCGGCGCCCCGGGCUCCGCGCGCCGCUGCGGCCCCCGCGCCUGCGGGCUGCUCCGGCGGCCCCUGGACCUCAGCGAGGUCUUCGCCUUCCACCUGGACAGGAUCCUGGGCCUCAACAGGACCCUGCCGGCCGUGGGCAGGAGAUCCGAGCUCAUCCAAGAUGGCCGCCCAUGCCCUCUCAUUCUCUGGGACUCAUCUUUAUCUCCAGCAAGUAACGAGACCCACUCUUCUGUUAAGCUCACCUGGGGAACUUACCAACAGUCGUUGAAACAGAAGUGCUGGCAAAAUGGUCGAGUGCCCAAACCUGAAUGGGGUUGUACUGAAAUACAUCACCAUGAGUGGUCCAAGCUGGCACUCUUCGAUUUUUUGUUACAGAUUUAUAAUCGCUUAGAUACAAAUUGCUGUGGAUUCCGACCUCGAAAGGAAGAUGCCUGUGUACAGAAUGGACUGAGGCCAAAAUGUGACGACCAAGAUUCUGUGGCUCUGGCACACAUUAUCCAGCGAAAGCAUGACCCAAGGCAUUUGGUCUUCAUAGACAACAAGGGUUUUUUUGACAGGAGUGAGGAUAACUUAAACUUCAAAUUGUUAGAAGGCAUUAAAGAGUUUCCCGAAUCUGCAGUUUCUGUUUUGAAGAGCCAGCACUUACGGCAGAAACUCCUUCAGUCCCUGUUUCUUGAUAAAGUUUAUUGGGAGAGUCAAGGCGGUAGACAAGGAAUUGAAAAACUCAUCGAUGUAAUAGAACAGAGAGCCAAAAUCCUUCUCACCUACAUCAAUGCACAUGGGGCCAAAGUAUUACCUAUGAAUGAAUAACAAAAGCAUCUUCUGGGUAUAAUACUAGGCAUAUUUAUGCUUUUUUUUUGUUUUUGUUUUCAAACCACAUGCACAAACCUCAAGCCUUUUUAGGAAUGAGGCAGUGUAGAUGAAUAUAUAAAACAAAUGAAUUUAACCAAGUGUAUAUGAUCGGUCUGAGCACUAUAAGCAGACUUAAAACCUUUUAAAAAACAUACUGCUCCAAGGAUUUUUGUCCAUAUUUUCCUCUAACAUCAUGUCAUGCGAGUCUCAACAUCUGAUUACAGAAUGGUUGUAAUCAUUAUUUAGCUUUGUUAAAACAUUUGUCGUGCCUUUUAACAGAACAGUGUAAACCAGAGGUACUGACUCCUUUAACAAAGUGUAUUUUAUGCCAUAUUGACUGGUCUGAUCAAGUACUGAUGGGAACGGUUCUUGACAUUCUUCAGUUGCUGAUUGUUAAAACAGAGCCGUCCCAAUAUGACCCAGAGGAGGCAGUUCCAUAUUGGAAAACUGAGGCAUGUGAUCUACAAAAACACCAGCACACACAAUAAUUCUACACGAGAAAUGGUGGGUUAUUUGCAAAAGCGCCGAUAUAUUCUAUCUGCAUAUGAUCGGCCAUCUCUGUGAGUCUGAGAAACAAAAAUCACAGUUUCACUUUUUUUUUUUUUUUUUUUUUUAGAAAUUUGUUUUGUUUUCAGUUUUGAAACCAUCCAAGUAUGACAAUUUAUACAGUAGGUAGUUUUGCUUCCUCAGUUUUGGUCCAAUUUACGUCUAGUGGCUUAGACAUUAAACAAUUUUAAGGUAUAAAUUAGCUUAUUUGAAACUAUACUUCUAGUGUGCCUUUUUUUAAUGGAUGCUCUUUGAAAAAAUGUCAUUUUUACAAAGGAUAUACUAUAGUUUUGUAUAUUUUCUUAAUAAUAGGGGAUUUCUUUAGAUUUGUUCUAAUUAUAUUUAAACUGACUUAAAUGAUGUUGCUGAGAUACUGACGAUAGAACCAGAUACCGAGUGCAUUUAGAUAUGCUGUUUGGCUUAUCCUAAUAUGAAAAAUAUGAACAAAAUAAAUUGAAACCUGACUCUUUUCAGUUCUCCUCAUUGAAAGCACAUGACUAGAACUAAAACAGUGAAUUUGGACAAUAUUAAGCUUCAAAUAAUUCCUCCCAAACUCCCUCUACCAACUUUUUAAUUAGGCACAGGGACAUGGAAGUACAGUAUUCAUGUGUUGGAUCUUUGUGUCCUGGAAAGAUACCCAUGUCAUCACAUAUGAUAGAUGUUCUUACAGAGGUUUCAAAUCUUGAACAAGUCAUCAUUCUACCCCCCUCACACCUAUCCUUAUUUAAAAGCUGAUAUACUGACUUCUUUUUCCCCUGAAAGUUUAAAAAUAUGAUUUAAGAAUGCUGUACUACAUUCUAUUCUGUUUUCUCGAGUCUGUGUGUUAUUGCUAAAGUCCCAUAUCUUCUGUGUUCUAAUCAAGGGUCGCUUAAUAUCACUGUAAAGUAGAACUGUUAAAGGCAUUACAACAAUAAAGACUAAAAUUUAAAAAUAUAUAUACCUGUAGAUUCUAAUUUAUUCAAAGGUAUAGGGACAAAAAUGUCAAAACAACGCCUGCUAACUCUAAGAGAAGACAGGCAAGGAGAGAGGGAUCAUUUGAUCACCUAAUUAGAACUUUUCUAGGCUCACAUUCAAGUACCACUUUUUAACAUCCUUAUUUGCUGGGCUAACCCUUAGAGAAGUGGCCUUCAGACCAUUCUUCUUUCCCAUUAUCCCUCUACCACUCUGAUCUCCCUUCUCCUGUUCCACAUGUCCCGUGCACUCUUUGGCUCUCCCGAGUCUCUACUUUUACCUGCUGUGCUCCGGCUUUUAAAAAUCCCCUUUUCUCUCAUUAAUCAGUAUUUUAAUAAAAAAAAAAAAAAACUGUCCUAACAGAAGCUUGGAGACCCAGGUUCUAUUUUGAGCCACUGACUUAAAAUAACUCAUUGUCAAGUUGCCUUGUACCUUGUCUUAUCAAGGUGGCAUAUUUUCAUUUUAAUAUGCUUUUUAUGGAGUAGAGCAUCUUUAUCCAAAUUUGUGAUAUUAGUGGUGGGAAUUCCAGUCUCCUUAGAAAUGAGCUAUAAUGUUGCCUCUCCAGCUGCACUGCUUUGGGGCAGCUUGGUUCUCCCUUAUGUGGGUCUGGUUUUGCUUAUUUGCCUCCAGUUAUUCUGACAUGCUUAAUAUUAAAUGAAAGGUCCAGGAACACAUGUUUAUUUUAGUCACCUUUGCUUUUUAACAAUGUAUUUUGCUUUAUAAUCAGUGAAUAAUUCAUGCCGUAUUAUUUUUGAAUAAUGGAUAGCUACAGGGCCAGGCUUUUACUUCUAAGUAACACUCCUCUUUUUUCUCACUGAAACAAUGAGAGUACUCUGCGCCUUUCAGAUGCACUCAGAUUAUGCUGUGGUUUGGUUCACAUAAGCAUAUUAUGUGGUUUAUUUAUAACUUGAUAAAUUUAAAAUAGAACAAUUUACCUUGGCAGGCAUACAAAAGCUUGUUCUUGUGUGACUUAUUUUCUUUAAGCUGAUAAUAUGAAAAUAAAUACAUAUCUUAAAAAUCUAUAAUAAAAAUAUUAGAAAAUAAA